UGAUAAAAUUUGUGGAAAAUUGGUUAAAAGUGAUUAAUUAUUAAAUUUGUUCCAAUAAUCAAUAAUUUGAGUGUGUUAGAUUAAUAUGUUUGUGAUUUUUGUGAUAAAGAAUAUUUGCUGAUAGAGUUUGUGUGCAUUUCAUACUAAUUCGAGCAAUUGGUCAAUGAUCGUUAUGUUCCUGGUUCGCCGAUAUUUCGCGAUGAUUGCAAAACCCCGCCGAUAACACCUGCCCCACCAUCGACGCCCAAGAGUCGCGGUAAAGGUGUUGGACCCAACAACAUACAUGCCAUGACUGUUACGGUUGCACAAACAACGCAAGGAGGUGCCACCAUUAGCGCCAACACCAAGCCGUGCACCGCUUCCAGCUGUUACGCUUCCACACGCUCGGCCGCCAUGAUGGCACUUGCAUUGGGUCACCGACCGAAAAAUUCUGCUGUAACUAACACAAAACCAACAACAACCGGAAAAAGUGCGGAGAAAAUCGUCGCAACUAACAGCAAUCACGCGCCAUUGAUUAACCACCAAACCAACACCAAUACCAACAACUCGAACUAUAGCCCUCCACCAGUCGGCAUUCAUAGUAAAUCUCCAAAUACUAAUAAUCAACGCAUCGCCAGCAACAACACUGCUAACAAUCGUCACACUACCGUUGCCGCAGUGGUGCAUAUGAAUGGUGGCACUGGCAUCAAUGCGGGUUUCGGUAGUGGYGGCAGCGCCUCUAGCGGYUCGGACAAUGAUGGCUUCAACACCUCGUCAUCGUCGUCAGCCACAGCGUUGCGUCGAUUGUACUUCAAGAGUGGGCGUAAAUCAAAAAUGAACUCAACGGCUACCACUUCGAUGACCAGUAUACCGUUAAAUGCCAUUUCCACGGCAGCUGCUGCAUUUCACACGUCAAUAAGUGGCGCUUUGCCGCUGAAAGCUGCUACCGCGGCUGUACCAAAGGUUGUCAUAAUGGGUUCCUCGUCAGCAUCCAUCACCGAUGGCAACAUCAAUACAUCAACCGACUCGGCUUCGACGCUUGUGACGAGCGUCACACACACAGACACAUCAGAAACAUGCGAUUCACUGGAUUUGGGUGAUAAUUCGGGCCAGAGUGAACCGUUGUUCAGUUCACUGGAAGAACCACUGCUGACCGCCAUACAAGUAGAUUCUGAACAUGAAAAUGGCACCGAACUGGAAUUAACAAGUUGCAACAUGUACAAUCGACCGGAUAUGAAUGUACAGGAUAGCACUGAGAGUCAAGAGUCGUCACUGUCCAUUAUUACCAUUGAGCCAUCGUCUACCACACCGCUGCUUGCCUCGCAUCGCCGGCAACAGAGCAACAAAUGCGGCACGUCCGCACCACCCGCCUCCAAGCUAACAGCCACUACCGGCAGURCKCCCAGCAACAAUGGCAAAGAGCGACUGCCGAAUACUGCACCGGCGCCCAGCAGCGGCACUAAACACUUCACAUUUGAUCCACCAAUAUCACCGAAAUCGGCGCGCACAAGCGAAAAAUCACGCACACACUUCAGUUUCAAGGAACAGCACACACAUCAGCCGGUGCAGCAACAGACACGUCGCAGCAGUAAUUGGGAAGAUCAACGCGUGCAUACGACCAAUUUUAUGGAGGAGCGCAGUCCAACAGGUGGACGUCGUGAUAUCUCACCGAAUCGCAGUAAAUAUCGCGCAUAUGCGGCACAACGGCAUGCAGCCGCAGCUGCCGUCGCCCAAGCUUACUAUGAACAACACCAACUGGCCGACGAUGAGGAGUCCUUGGAGGGCACACGUAGCAAAAAAUCACGUUCGCGCGAAACGAGUGGCAGUACGCGUCAGCGUUAUACGGCCGCUGGCAAUGGUGCGGCGACUAGUCCGAAACGCGAACAACGGCGCUCACCCUCUAGCUCCGCGCCGCCAACCAUGAAAGAGGGGCACUUCUUUGCUAGUACCGGCGGUAAGCCGAAACAGCUAUCGCCAGCGUCACAGCAGCGCAAAUACUCGUCCAGCUCCUCAUCGGGCGGCAGCGAGCGUGGACGCAUCAAAGAAUCCACCAUGUUUCCAUUCGAUCGCGAAGCGAUUGACUAUGAACGCAUACAGCGCGAAUGCUUUGCGGUCGAUGAAAACUCCAGUUCGMCAACUACGUCCAGCGACACAGAUGAUGCUGAACCCUGUUCGGUGUAUGAGCGCAAAAUGUCCGUUCACCAUAUAUCGCCCAGUAAGGCGGGCGAGGCCUUUCAGCAAUACAAGCUUUUGGCACAACAAGAACACGGCGGACAACAGCCGGCAGAGGCACAGACCAACGGACCACCGUCGCGCAAGAAUUCGAAACGUAUCCGACCUAGUUCCGUAAUACACGCGACGAUACGUGAAAGUCAACCAUACAUACCGCAGACGGAUGCCUUCUAUCCGCAGAAGGUCAAACAACAAUCACCAGGCGAAUAUGCGACGAUCGCUUGUGGCAACAGUCUAGGCAGUAGACAACAUUCACCCAAAUCUUACGCUGAGCUAAAUAAGUUCGAGGAGAUUGCCUCGAAAUUCGAGCAGAUUCCACCGAAACAACAACCGCAUGUCAAGCCGCUAGCGGGUGGUAGUCCAUCCGGCAGCAAUAAUAAUGCGUUGAUUGGCAGCACACUGCAGGCGACAAAUGGCAGUAGCAACAGUAAUGGAAGCGGCAACAAUGCUGCAGGUACAGUGGCGCCGACGUCCAGUCCAACCGGGUCAAUGCGCGGCACGAUAUCACCGCCACUGCCAAAUUUACGUGUCGAUUUCUUUGCCGAAUCGCAAAUGAUGCAUCCGCGCAAGCGAUCGUCGAAGAAGAAGCAGUCCGCAGGAAAAACAGGCGUGCCAAAUGCGGCGCACGACCAUUUGGAUGACAGCCAAAGGGGUGCAGGUAGCGGCAUGGGCAGUAUGCUGCUGACAGCUGGAGGAGCGGUAGGCGUUGGCGCUGGGCCCAUCAACGUCACCCCAAACCCAAUGGAUGUGGCGAUGAAUGCAUCGCCGCGUGCCACCAUUGUCGUGCAACAAGUAAGUACAAAAGAAAGCGUUCACUAA